ACAUACUACACAUUUUGUUUGGCCUCUCUUUUUCAAGAGUUGGUGACAAUGUGAGGAUGCUCAAUGACAGGCCAAGAUGUUCGGGUGGAUUACAUUCAAAACUGUCUAUGUUUAGCAUUUACAAGUUAUCGCGCAUAGCAGCCGACAGACUUGGUGAUAAGGAGGUUGGACUUGAGCACUUGGUUUUGGCAAUCUUCUUUGGAAAGCAAGAGGACGAUCCUAUUAAGAGGGUGGAACUGGAGUACGGCAGUUCUCUGUUCUUCGACGAUAAUGCAUUUGAUCCUGAGCUUGUGGACUGUUUGAAAAGUAGUUGCACUGAGUGUGAUGCAAAAAGCUUGGAGUACUCUGUUGUUUUCAAAGAAUUCUUACCAGAAAAUUGUUUUAAUGGGGCCCUAGUGAAAUGUUGUGGCCUUGUGGUCAUGGAAAAAUUGCACGAGGCUCUCAAGUGUGGUGGUUUGAGGUUGAGUCCAAUUCGUGAGGAGAGUCAAUAUCACCUUUCCUUGUGUGGGCAGGCUUAAGACAUUAUAUGCAAG